AUGAAUCCUUAUUUAAACCAAGGUAUUCAAAAUAAUGCCUUUAUUCAAACUGCAUAUGUACAACCGCAACAACCAUUCGUGGGAGGUUUAGCUGAAAUGCCAAUAGCAGGCGUUAAUUUUGCGCCUCAACCCAUCGAUAAUACAGUUGCCACUCCCACUUCGAGUGUUAAUUUACAGCAAACACCUCAAUUACAAGCAUCGCAAACGCAAACGCAAACGCAACCGCAAACGCAACCGCAAACAGAUGCGGGAAGCAAUCCAGCAUUAAUGGCCAAUGUGCUGGCAAAGAGGCAAAGGUUCGGUCCGACAUUGCAACAACAACCUCCACCUCAAUUUAACAACACCGUAGUAAGUGCCAAUCCUAUAAUGGCUGAAUCUGCCGCAAAUGCGGCAACGAUUGGAUUGCAAAGCCCACAGCAGCAAAUGCAGCAACACAGUCCGUUGUCAACAACCACUCAACAAGCAAUGUAUGCACAACAAAAUCUUUAUCGAGCAAUGCCUCAACUUCAAGCGACUUCUCAACAGCCGCAACCUUGGAUGAACGGAGGAGUACAACAGCCAAUGUCACUACAAGAUCAACAAAGACAGCAACAACAAUUUUUUAUUCUACAACAACAACAACAAAUGUUGAGGAGACAGCAACAACAGCAACGUCAACAGCAACAGAAUGUAUCACCUGUGCCAUUUCAACAACCUGCACUUGCUAAUAUUUCAAUAUCAAAUAAUUCAUCAUCACCAAAUAGCAGAAGUAAUGUGAAUACAGGAUCACCCCUCUCCGCUGCCGCUGCGGCUACCCCUUCAUCAGUAGUACCAUCAACUACAUUAGAUGUCGCAAUCAUGCAACUGAACACCAAACGAGUAGAAGCUAUUUUGGCUUUGAAUGUAGAACUCAUCAGGUUAUGCGUUGAAAGCCGAGGUAUUGGAACGUCUUUGGAGCCUAACAUGGCACUAUACCAAGCAAAGUUGCAAUCCAACCUUACCUAUCUCGCAACAAUGGCUGACAUAUCAAUGAUUAAACCAGGAGAAGAUUUCAAACAACCUGCUCCACCUGAUCUAUCACCUUUACCUCCACCAAAUUCCGAGACUGGAAAGAAGAUACAUGAGUUAUUGAGCGCAGUAAGGAAACUUUUUGAAGUAACGGAAAUCACUGAAAGUACUAGUGCCACAAACACUCCAAAUAGCUCGUCGCCACAACAGCAACAACAACCACAACAGCAACAGCAACCACAACAGCAACAGCAACCACAGCAGCAACAGCAACCACAGCAGCAACAGCAACCACAGCAGCAACAGCAACCACAGCAGCAACAGCAACCACAGCAGCAACAGCAACCACAGCAGCAACAGCAACCACAGCAGCAACAGCAACCACAACAACAACAAUCACCCAAUUAUAAAACGGAUCAACGCCAGCAGACAAUGCCUCAGCAACAAUCACAACCACAAUCACAGCAGACACCACAAACCCCACAACUACGAGCUCAACAACAAUUAUCCCCAAGUCAGCAACAGCAAUUGCAACAACAGCAAUUAUUACGGCAACAAGCAGCAGCUAUGCACCAACAACAACAAAACUUAUUUAUGAGAAAUGCGGCACAAGGCAAUAACUCAAACAAUAACAAGGCUGCUGCUGCUGCUAUGAAUACUGGGCAUAUAAAUAUGAAUGUUAUGGAUCCGCAAGCUAUUUUGAGACAAGCGCAUCAAACACAAAAUCUGAUACAACAACAGCAGCAGCAAGUGAGGCAGCAGCAACAACAACAAAUGAUAAGUAGUAUGGGUAUGAAUAUGUCAUCUCCUCUUAUUUAUGCUGGUAGCACAGCAAGUAAUCCCAACUUCAAUCCUAUGCAAAAUGGUAUUAUGAAUUCACCAAAUAUGACAGCGAUACCACAACAACAGCUGCAGCCACAGCCUCAAGCAUUAAAUCCAAAUGAUAUUUUAGCAGGAAACAAUAUGAUGAAUCCCAAUAAUCUAUUAAUGAAUGCGAACUCUAUGAUGAUGUUCAAUCCUGGCCAACCAGCAAUGAAUCCUGAAGAUCCUAACGACUAUAAUAAUGUGCUGUUGAUGAUGCAGCGUAUGCAACAGCAGCAACAGCAGCAACAACAACCAUAA